UUAUCACAAAACGACAAUGUUUAUCCAUAAAAACACGUGCAAACCGCGACAGGCACUCUCAGACCUCAGUACAUCAUUAAAUCGAGCCCCCGACGUUUUCUUUGCUCCUACUGCGUCGGCCGAUCAAUACCAGUUAAGAGUUGACACAUGGCCAUGGGUGAGGAGGAACCAGUUAAUCUGAACGAAUAUCAACAACUGGCAAGACAAGCGCUUCCAAAGAUGUAUUACGACUACUUUACUGGGGGAUCAGAGGAUCAACACGCACUCAGAGAAAACACCGAAGCAUUUAAGCGGAUCACUUUUCGGCCAAGAAUUCUUGUGGACGUGAGCAAAAUAGAUAUGUCAACCACCAUAUUAGGUUACAAAACUUCAGCACCCAUUAUGAUUGCCCCAACAGCUAUGCAUAAAUUAGCACAUCCUCAAGGAGAGGUCUUGACAGCAAAAGCAGCAGGAGCUUGUAAUGUCAUAAUGGGGUUAUCUUUCAUGUCUACGUGCACAAUUGAAGAGGUUGCUUCUAGUUGCAAUGCUGUUCGAUUCUUUCAGUUAUAUGUUUACAAGAGACGCGAGAUAUCUGCUUUGAUGGUGAAAAGAGCAGAAGCAAAUGGAUUCAAGGCUAUUCUUCUUACUGCUGAUACUCCUAAACUUGGUCGUAGGGAAGCAGACAUAAAAAACAAAAUGAUUGCACCCCAGUUGAAGAAUUUUGAAGGUCUUGUGUCAACCAAAGUAGAAGAUGAUGAAGGUUCAAAUCUUGAAGCUUUUGCAGCCAGGAGCUUCGACCCUUCUUUUUCUUGGAAGGACAUUGCUUGGUUAAGGUCGAUUACAAAAUUGCCAAUUUUGAUAAAGGGUGUAUUGACCCGUGAAGAUGCCAUUAAAGCUAUGGAAGUAGGAGUUGAAGGAAUCAUAGUCUCGAAUCAUGGUGCUCGCCAGCUAGAUUAUGUUCCAGCCACCAUUGAUGCUUUAGAAGAGGUGGUUCUUGCAGUUAAAGGACGAAAACCAGUGAUCUUUGAUGGAGGAAUAAGGCGAGGAACAGAUGUAUUCAAGGCUUUAGCUCUUGGUGCACAGGCUGUUAUGAUAGGGCGUCCAGUUGUAUAUGGGUUAGCAGCAAAGGGGGAGUAUGGAGUAAGAAGAGUGAUUGAAAUGUUGAAAGAUGAACUUGAGUUGACCAUGGCUCUUUCUGGGUGUCCCACUCUUACUCAUAUUACCAGGAACCAUGUCAGAACAGAGCUUGAUCAUCGCCAUUGUAGACUUUAGUAUCAGAAUAUCAGAUGGUUUUAAGAAGUAAGUAUUUCAGAAUGUUGUAUUAUUAGAUGAAUAAAGUUGUAAGCAUUCAAGUCCAUUAAAAACUUUCCAGUUGUGUGUUCAUGUGUAAACAUUGUCUUGGGUUAUAAACAGUGGUAUGGAUUCUUAUUUCGGUCUUUUUGUAUAAAUCGCAUGAAAUUACAACCA